GGACAUUCAACACAGUAUGAUUUUUUAAAAACUGGGUAACCUCGUUUUCAACGAGUAUCCUCGACGUAUAUUUAUGUGCUACUAAACACAAUCAGAUGCAACAUCAUCGCGUAUUUUACAAGAGUAUUGAGAAGGGUGACACGGGUUUCAUACGGACACAGCAGGGUUAAAUCUUGCGUACAGGCGGCCGGAGCGCAGAAGGACAGCGAUCGCGGCCCGUGUUAUGUCAGCGUGGGCGGAGCGAGUCUCGCCAAAAGCCGAGCUACCUGCGAGUCGAGGUCCUCUGCAGAAGCGCGUUAGCAUUCGCUCUCGGAAGGAGCCUGAACGGUUUUCCUUAUUCCUGUAGACAGUUAUCAUUACUCUCCGAGCUGCGUUAGCUGCCAUCAUGACGUCCGUGGAUCUGGAGAAGCUGCGGAUGACCGGGGCUGGCAAAGCCAUCGCCGUGCUGACGAGCGGAGGAGAUGCGCAAGGUAUGAAUGCAGCUGUCCGGGCUGUCACUCGGAUGGGCAUAUACGUUGGAGCCAAGGUGUAUCUCAUCUAUGAGGGCUACCAGGGGCUGGUGGAUGGGGGUGACAACAUCAAGCUGGCCAACUGGCAGAGCGUGACCAACAUCAUCCAGCUGGGCGGCACAGUGAUCGGCAGCGCCCGCUGCAAGGCCUUCACCACGCGGGAGGGCCGCCUGGCAGCAGCCUUCCACCUGGUGCAGCGCGGCAUCACCAACCUGUGUGUGUGCGGCGGGGACGGCAGCCUCACCGGGGCCAACAUCUUCCGCAGCGAGUGGAGUGACCUGCUGGCCGAGCUGGUCAAGGAGGGGAGGAUCACCGAGUCCCUGGCACAGCAGUACACGCACCUGAACAUCGUGGGGCUGGUCGGCUCCAUUGAUAAUGACUUCUGUGGCACGGACAUGACCAUCGGGGCGGACUCCGCCCUGCACAGGAUCAUGGAGAUCAUCGACGCCAUCACCACCACCGCCCAGAGCCACCAGCGCACGUUUGUACUGGAGGUCAUGGGUCGCCACUGUGGGUACCUGGCAGUGGUGUCAGCGUUGGCGUCGGGGGCGGAUUGGCUGUUUAUCCCUGAGGCCCCGCCGGAGGAGGGCUGGGAGGAUCACAUGUGCGCCCGGCUGGGGGAGAGUCGCAGUAAGGGCUCCAGACUCAACAUUGUGAUCAUCGCAGAGGGAGCUAUCGACAAGCACGGCAAGCCCAUCACCUCCAACUAUGUCAAGGACCUGGUGGUGCAGAGGCUGGGGUACGACACCCGGGUGACCGUCCUCGGUCACGUUCAGAGGGGCGGCACGCCCUCCGCCUUCGACAGGGUGCUGAGCAGUAAAAUGGGGGUGGAGGCCGUGGUGGCGCUGUUGGAGGCCACGCCCGAAACGCCGGCCUGUGUGAUCGGCCUGUCGGGCAAUCAGGCCAUGCGGCUGCCCCUCAUGGAGUGUGUGCAGAUGACUAAGGAGGUGCAGAAAGCCAUGAAUGAGCAGCGCUUUGAAGAAGCCAUCCAGCUCCGUGGGAAGAGCUUUGAGAAUAACUGGAACACCUACAAGCUGCUGGCCCAUCAGAAACCCGCCCAGUCUCAGAGUAACUUCUCCAUGGCCAUCCUGAAUGUGGGGGCCCCAGCUGCGGGGAUGAAUGCAGUGGUGAGGUCGGCCGUGAGGGUGGGGCUCGCACAGGGGCACAAGGUCUACACCAUCAACGACGGCUUCGAGGGGCUGGCUAAGGGCGCGGUGAACGAGGCCAAUUGGCACGAUGUGGGAGGCUGGACUGGCCAAGGAGGCUCGCUGCUGGGAACCAAACGGACUCUGCCCAGCUCCUGCAUGGAGAGCAUCGUAGAGAACAUCAGCAAGUUCGGAAUCCAGUCUCUGCUGGUCAUCGGAGGCUUUGAGGCGUAUGAGGGUGUGCUGCAGCUGGUGGAGGCCCGUGGGCACUACGAUGAGCUCUGCAUCGCCAUGUGUGUGAUUCCCGCCACCAUCAGUAACAACGUCCCGGGGACAGACUUCAGCCUGGGGGCGGACACCGCCGUCAACGCCGCCAUGGAGAGCUGUGACAAAAUCAAGCAGUCGGCCUCAGGCACUAAGAGGCGGGUCUUCGUGGUGGAGACCAUGGGUGGCUACUGCGGCUACCUGGCCACCACCACUGGCAUCGCCGUGGGAGCCGACGCUGUGUACAUCUUUGAAGAACCUUUCAACAUCCACGACCUGAAGACCAAUGUGGAGCACCUGACGGAGAAGAUGAAGAAUGAUAUUCAGAGGGGUCUGGUACUCAGGAAUGAGAAAUCCAAUAAGCACUACACCACCGAAUUCAUCCACAACCUGUACUCGGCCGAGGGCAAGGGCAUCUUCGACUGCAGGAUGAACGUGCUGGGUCACCUGCAGCAGGGGGGGGCUCCCACGCCCUUCGACAGGAACUUCGGAACGAAGCUGGGCGUGAAGGCAGUGCUGUGGGUCACUGAGAAGAUGAGUGAGAGCUACAGACAGGGACGUGUGUUUGCGAACUCUCCGGACACAGCCUGUGUGAUCGGCAUGACCAGGAAGGUGCUGACCUUCAGCCCCGUGACCGAGCUCAAGGACCACACCGACUUCGAGCACCGCAUGCCGAAGGAGCAGUGGUGGCUGAACCUGCGCAUGAUGCUGAAGAUGCUGGCGAAAUACCAGACCAGCUUCACCGAGUACGUCCCGGGCGAGAUGGAGCACGUCACCCGCCGCACCCUCAGCAUGGAGACCGGCUUCUGAGCUGCCCCCGCCUCUCCACUAGGGGGAGCCAGGGCUGCACCCCACCACCCGAAAGCAGAAUGUACCCCCUAGACCUCUGUAAUGUGCCUAAACCUUCCGAACCUCAGCUUUAUCCUCUUAGCACCUUUGUCCUACAAUUGCUCUGCCCAGUUUAGAUUUCAAUCAACACUAACAAUCACAAUUAAGGUGCAAAUUAAAGAAUUCAUAGAAAGAAUAAGAUAUUGCUACAAUAAUAGAAUAAUUUGCUUAUGACCAGAAUACAGCAAGAUUGAAUUCAGCCUUUAGGAUAGUAGAAUGAUUAAAAGAAGGUAGGGCAUGGUUCAGUGUUAGUCCUCCGGCACCUUGGGUUCUGAAGGGGGACUUGUGGUCCAGUCCACUUCUGCGAGCUUCUGAUACCUGGAUAAGUGUAAUCCCCAGUGCUGUGUUGUGCCUUUGCCGUGUAAGUGAUUGUGUCCGAAUAUUCAACAAUCUCAGUGCUACUGGUGAGGGUGUUAAGGGAAGCAUGCCAGUAUUCCUGCUCCUGCCAUAACUGGGUCAGCCCAUAUGUGAGUGAUAAACCACCCCUACAGAACAGGGACUUUACUGCACACAGAACCGCUGUCAUCUACAGUCAGUAACGUGGUCAUUUUUAUAGUGAGUUCAACUCCGUUAUCUUUUUCCCUUAGAUAUUUGAAGGUAGCUUUUGAAGGUCGUUAGCAUAUGUUUAUUUUGGUGUGUAGAUGAACUCCCAGUGACGGCACCGUUAUAAGUAGUAAAAAACAGUAAUAUAUUUGUUUGCGUUUGCCUGUAGCGUGUUGUAGUGAGAGCAACCGUUCAGUACAGACCACAUUUUGUUUUGGAUAAGAGCACUUUCUCUCAUAACAAAACUAAAAAAUGCAUUUUUUUCAGAGUGCAUGUAGGUAGUGCACAGCACAGCGCUGCUACAUAACGUUAUGGAAAAGUUGAUUAGUGUUGAUCACAGCUGUGGUGAUCUUUUUGGGACCAGCACAUUUUUACAGAUUAUUACACACAGUGACUGUUUUCUUGUAAUGAAUCAUGACUGAACUAUCAAGCAUUUCUGUAAGUCUCCACUUGCAUAUAUGUUGAAUAGCAUUAUUAAUAACUGUGACCAUGAAGACAGAAAAAUGCACAAAAAUGGCUUGCACUUGCUGUCAGUAUUUUAAAUAAGGGAUUCAGUGACAGAAACAGACUGAAGUAAAAGCUCAGUGUGUGACGCUGAUGUCAAACCCUCUGCACAUGGGGCUAAAACUGUGUGAUUCAAAAGCAGGGUUAAUAUUUGAUGUGAAUAUAAUAUGUUUAAGGCAAAGCAAAAAAGUCUCUUCAGCAGGAGGGUCAUCAGCCACUUAUCCUCAAUCUGCGGUCAGGAAUCCAGAUGGUGCAGUUAUUUGCGGGUUCUCUGCUGCCAGUAUGGAUCUCAUUUGCAAUAAGGUUUUGGUGUUAUUCUCUGCAAGAUGUCUUCUGCAUUAAAUGUCUGUAAGCCAGUGUUCUGAACCUGCACCUUGCAUGGCGUGAAAAUGUAAUCAAAGCUUACAUGUGGCCUGCAUGCUCUCUACCUUCUCUU